UUUUAGAGGUUUGUCAAGGUUUAGUUUGAGUAAACAAAUUAAGAAACAGACAUAUUUUCAUAAUAAAUGGGCAGUUCGGCAUGGCCGGUGGCGCUGCGCCGGCUGGUCCAACCUCCGUCUCCAUCCAUGGAGGAUCCAGCAGCAGCAGCAGCAGGAGCACCGCCCUUGUCGUCAACCAUGGCGCCUGUGCCAGCAAUCAAUGAGCUCCCCAACCUCCCCUCUCCCUCCGCUCCGCCGCAUUAACUCCCCUCCCGAUUUCAUCUCGUUUGCACCGCACGCGUCGUCUCUCAUAGCAAAAGCAUCGACCCAGCAGCUGAACCAACCAAUCGCAAUGGCCUCCUCCGCCCACGGCAACGGCAGCGGCAGCCUCCCCACCCACACCGCCGCCUGCAAGCCCCCACCGGCGCAUAGCCCCCGCCGCCGCCGCCUCUGCGUGUGCACCCUCGUGACCCUGGCCGUCCUGCUCGCCCUCGCCGUCACCCUGCUCGUCCUCUUCCUCACCGUCCUCCGCGUGCGCGACCCCACCACGCGCCUCGUCUCCACCCGCCUCGCCGGCGUCGCCCCGCGCCUCACCUUCCCCGGCUUCUCCCUCCAGCUCAACGUCACCCUGCUCCUCACCGUCGCCGUGCACAACCCCAACCCGGCCUCCUUCUCCUACCCCUCCGGGGGCCACACCGAGCUCACGUACCGGGGCGCCAAGGUCGGGGAGGCGGAGGUGGACCCGGGCCGCGUCCCGAGCAAGGGCGACGGGGAGGUGCGGCUGGCGCUGACGCUGCAGGCGGACCGGCUGGCGGCCGACGUGGCGCAGCUGGUGGCGGACGUGGAGAGCGGGUCCGUGCCCAUGGAGGCCAGCACCAGGAUCCCCGGGAGGGUCGCCAUCUUGGGCCUGUUCAAGCGCCACGCUGUGGCCUACUCCGACUGCCGCUUCGUCAUCGGCGUGGCGGAGAUGCGGGUGCGCAGCCAGGAGUGCCACCACCGCACCAAGCUCUGAUCGGCUGCAGCCUGUCGUCGGCAUUCUUCUUCCUUUGAUGCGUUACAGAUUCUUCCUUGUUAGUAGAUUCUAGUCCUUAUAUACUGUAUGAUGAUCAUGACACAUAAAUAGUCCCUUUUUUUUGCCCUUUUUAUGCUUGUACAUCACCAACUCAUUUUACUAUUACAGAAAACGUGAAAUUUCACAGUA